AUGGGGGUCGACACCCGCAGACCCGUCCUUCCCGCUCCCACAGAAUCCAUCAUCGAUGCCACGGGCAGCACAACGGGCACUGAUCUGGCAACUGACGUUUCUCGCCGCACAGACAAGACGUCGUACUCGAUCCCUGACGACGGCAGGCCCAUUACUCUUUCUACCCGGCGCCCGCGGGACCGGGACGACAAACUGUCGCACUCACAUCGGGACUCCCAGACCUCCCUCCUGAUCGAAUAUUUCGAGGGCGGGAAGGAUUCUGGCGGCGUCGUAUCCCGACCCAGCGUGCGAGUUCGGGUGACCCCGUCCGGAGCCCGCAAAUCCAAGGACAAGGAUCGAAUCCAGAUCACCGAAUCGGGCAGCGGCCGGAAACCGUCUUACACCCGGCGCAUCUCUCUCACCUCGCCCAGCUCCAAGCGGAAACAGGUGCUUGAUUCCGUGGAUGACCAGAGCGCCACAGACAGUAAUUCGGUUGAGGACGACGGUCAACAUUCGUCCCGCGCUCCACCGGUCGAAAUUGAAUUUGUGAACCGAGAUCAAGGAAGUGAACUCUCCGCGGUGUCCCGCGACACCGGCUACAUGCCUGCCUCAUCUGAUAUCUCGUCCAUGCCGGCAGACAGCAUGCUCGAUGCUACAUCCUCCGCAGGCCCCCGGCGCAAACGCAGCCAGAGCCUCGAGCGCGAUUCCAUCCGGGAAGACAAAAACUUGCUAAAGACACCGUCCCGACAACGCAGUCGCAGCCUCAGCAAGGAGCGCAUUGCGCAUCGAGUUGCGGAAAAGCUCAGCGGGUCCCCUCAAGAGGCCUCGAGUGGCAAGUCUAAAAGUAAAAGCAAGAGCAAGAGCAAGAGCAGGAGUGCCGGUAAGGAUUACUUGGAUGCGGAACAAAAGCCGUCCCGUCGCAAGCGGCACGAAGAGGACAUUAUCCCGAGCCCGGAGUCAAGUCUAUUGAGCACCUCUGCCGUGUCUUCCAACCGCAAGUCGGGCGACCAGUACUCUAUCCGUUCCGGCGCUUCCAAGUCAUCGAUCAACAACCCGAAGCUACUAGAAACCGUGGAAGAUGCCAUUCGGCGGCUCAUCCUCCCCGAGCUCAAGGAGCUCAAGAAGGAUCAAAAGGUCAUGCACAACAAAUCUAAGUUCGAGCGGGAUAUGACAUCUUACUCGUCCACCACCAGUUCUCGAGAUGAAUUGGGCCGACGACUGUCAAAACACGCAAGUGCGCCUGAUGUAAUGAAGCCCAUGGUAGUAUUGAACAAGGAUAGCAGAGAUGAAGGCAUCAUACUGGCAGGUGAGCCUGCAUCGCGGGCCAAGGAAACCAAGGAGCGCAAAUCUAGCAAAGGCAGCGAAACCUCCGAUGCCGCCUGGGUGAAAUGGGGCCGACCAGAAGAAACCGAGCAAGACAAACUUCGCCGGCAGAAGAGCAAGGGUCUCCGCGACGCACAUGCCGCUGGACGAGUAGGCUCAGCCUUGACGGCAGCAUCUCUCAAACAUCACGACUCUCAGUCUAGUCUUGGAGAAAGAGACCAAGACAAGAAAAUCGAAGGAUACAAUGACACCGAGCUUGUUUUCCAAAGGCACAAUGUUCCACCGAUGCCGAUGCGCAGCGAGCUAGACUCCGAAUUGACUAGAGACUCUCUGCUCUCUGAACGGACGGAGAGUCCUGAUCCAUACAAGAUCUCCCACGGUGCCGUUACUCGAGGAUCACCUCGGCAGCUCGUUUCGCCCACCUCUCGCACUCCGACACGCACUCCCCUGGACUCAAGAUACGAACUUGGUAUGCGUCAUGGCAACCAAUCUCAGCGCGAUCUUUCGAUGCAUAGUACCUCCGACCGCGAUCUGCGUGGUAAGAGCCAAUCUCCUGGAGGCGACCAAGUCGACUGGACUAUCGCGGCCGCAGCCGCGGCCAACUUACUCGACGCGGCUCAUCCAGGCCACCAGUCCGUUCACGAAGACCAAUACGAAACCACAGGCCGAGCCCUCAGUCCUAUUCAGAGCGUAGCAAGUGACCAGACUGAAACCCAUGAUGGCCAAUUACGCUCAAAGUCCCAGGCUGCUGGAGGGCAGCGCGAUUUGGAGGGCCGCUUAUCGAUUGGUUCUCUUUCUUCUGCGCCCAGCACCAACCUUGCUCGUUCUACCCGCAACGAUGGAGUCAGUCCCCAUAGCCGAAGUGGGACUUUUCAUGACGAAGGUGGCCCUGAACUUGGGUACGAGCACUCGCGGCGCGCUUCCGAAGAAGAUAUCUAUGGACAAGAUGAGGAGUCGAGGCGUUCUGUGGCCUAUGAUGAUAGCGAGGUUGAUUUUAUGGAUAAAGUCAAGCAAGGUCAGCACGUGGCCACCGGAGUCGCUGCCAACCCUCAGUUCGUUCAUCCAAUGGGUGUUGAAUCUGCAGUUGCCUCACUGAUGGACCCGUCCGUGCUGGAGUCCCAGUCAACCCACUCUGGCAACCGUUCGCAGACCGAGUUUGAGCGCGCGGGCAGCCGAAGCCCCGAGAAAUCCGCCAGCCGUGGUAGCCCCCUGAAGCAAGUUCAAAAGGCCUCCAGUAUCGAUGAGACAUCAUUCCCACGCCGAAUGGGGGUCACAUCGCCCCCACAGAGUGUUACACAGUCCAUCGAAGAUCUUGAAGAAGCGGGCUUGGUCGCUGCCGCUGCUCGCGGAAUUCAGAGUAGUCCUCUUGCUGACGAAGAGCGAAGCCAAGAGUCCGAGUCAGAGAUCAAUACCAACCCGUCCAUCAUCCAAGGCCCAAUUGGCGGCGUCGCUCAGGCAUCUCAAAGCCACUGGGGCGGCCAAGUCCCAUACUAUGAUGCAUCCGUGGGCCAACCAGGCGGAGCACAGGAUCUGGGCUCUGAGCAGCAGCGGGGUCUUGAUGCAGAGUACUACGAGACUGCCCGGAACAUUUUUGGCGGCGAUGAUUAUUUCGUUGAUCAGCGUGCCGCCGCGAACCCUAUGUCUCCGAGCAUUGGCACUCCCAAGCAAGGCACCCGAGGCCUCGGAGGCAUGGAUGCUGCUGGUAUGGGUGCUUUCGACAGCCCUACUGAGGCAGAUGACCCAUUCACCGCUGGGCACCAACGACACUUCAGCGGCUAUUCCCAUGGCGUUAGCUCUCCUCUUUACGACAGUGCCACUGGUCGUGGUAUCGAAAGAAUCCAGUCCAAGGACAUUGUCGCUCUGAUGGAUCACCUUACCGUGCGUGAUGCUCAACGGAAUGCCCGAGAUACUGAAAUCCUGGUCACUUUGGUCCGAAGUGCUGCUGAAAUGCGCACCUCUUUCGAGGAGAUGAAAAAGUUCAUUGCGCAGCAAGAUGAGAUGCUCAUGGAUUCUAGCGACAAGCAGCAUGAGCGAACCCACAAGGCUCUUGGUGGCCCUCGACCCUUGCCCCCCAGUGGCUCGCGAAGCCGCCAAUUGAACAUGGAAGAUGACGAGGACCUACAGUCCAAGCGAAAGAACAUUUUCAAACGUGCGCUUAAGGGUCUCAGUUUGAAAUCGGGUAACGAUCUCUCGAAGAUUGAAGGCAUGCUGGAGCAACUGCUUGAGGAGGUUGAGGCUCUGCGAACGGGCCAGGACCUUCCUGCUGUUCGACGUGCGAGCGUUGACCCCAAUGGCUACGAGACUGCCGACCUGAAUGGUGCUCCGUUAGGUAGUCGCUCUCCAUACGCGAGCAGUCCUCGGCCUGCUACCGCUGAUCAGCGCGUCAGCACUGUCCCGGAAGAGGACGAGGAAGAUGAUUUGGAAAUUGAUGAGCAUGACCCAUAUGCCACUGCACAUCUCCCUGUGCAAGAACCCGCUGUUCGACAUGAACGUGCUGGAUCAUUGCCUCUCUCUACUCCACCACGAAAGGCGGUUGCUUCCGGAGCUCGCAGCACGGAGACCACCCCCAAGGCAUCGGAGAAGGCCCGAAAGCACAAAUCCAGCAGCUCCUCAAUUUUCCCGAAGAUCUCUCGCUGGUCCAAGACUACUGCUUCCUCCAUGGGCGACAACAUCCGCAACAGCAUCCAGCCUGGUCGCAAGGAACGCCCGUACUCGGGUGAAAUAUCUCGUUCUGGCUCCGAGGAGGCCUACAAAGCCGACUACUAUGAUCUUGAUCCCCAGGGUGACGACCGCAUUCGAUCAAACUAUACUUUAGACGAAACGCAGCAGCAAGAGAACCGCCCACCCUCUCCACUGGUCCCCUCCCAGGUCUCCGAAGCGCCCAAGUACCGCGCUCACCGAGGUAGCCUUGAUCUACAACACCCGCAGCCUCGACAGGGUCCCACAGGGCGAUAUCAGAAUCAGCUGGAAUCGCAGGCGCAAACGUAUGCCACCCCUGUAUCCCCAGCAUCGGAGCACUGGUCCAACCCAAGCCAGUCUGCGGUCAACCCCAACCAAAACCGCUUCAGUGGUAACAGCCGCCUCUCCCCGAUCUCCGACGCUGGCUACUCGGAGACCAGCUCUCGCGCUGCAGGACCGCCGCGUCCCCCAAAGAUCAAAGAUGACGGACCUUUGGUGCCCGAGAGACCCCCCAAGGUCCCUGAAGAGGAGGACCAGAAAUAUGGCGACCGCGUCGCCUCACGCAGUUCUGCGAUCCGCUCUCCGCCAACGCGCAAACCCACGGGCCCACGGCCGCUAACAUCCAGUGGCACAUACAGCCCCAGCAACAUCAAAAAAACCCGCUACCGAGGCAGUCCGAUGCAGAUCGACUAUGACGACGACUAUUGA